AUGCUGAUCGGUUCGCGAGUUGUCGGAGAUCGUCUUGCAUCUUGGAAUAAUCUUAUUUUGGAAGUGAGACUCAACAAGAAGAACUUGUCGUUUCACAUGCACAGCUAUAGCGGUGAGCAUCGGUUUACACUCAAAGACAGUGGUCCUACGAUUUCUGCCGUUGGCAUUGAGGAGCAGAAAAACGUGGUCGAUCCUCCGUCCUUGAUCGUCCAAGACUUUACCCUUAUAAAAGCUCAACCAUGUAAUCCAAUUAGGGUGUACAAGACUGUUCAGUGCGACGGUUUGUUGUUGUGUGUCAUGGACAACCAGCUUUUGGUUAGGAACCUGUUACUGAAGGAAACAACCUGGAUCAAAUGCGGUAGUGAUUUUCACGAACGAGAUGAUGCUUACAGCCUUGGAUACCUCAGCCACUGUGAUUACAGGAUCUUAAGGUUUCGUUGUGCUAGUAAUUCCAGAAAUAGACCUUCAAGGGUCGAGGUCUGUGAAGUUGCAUCCAAGACAUGGAAGGUUAUAGAUAGCAUCAGUUUUGAUUGGUUCCUUAGUGUGCCGUUGUCGAUCCUCUCUCUGAGAGGAACUCCUUAUUGUAUAGGUCUUCGAGAAGAUCAUAGAGCUUUUGUACAAAGCUAUGAUUUUUACAAAGAAAGGUUUCAGCCCAUAGAUGACUUGCCAUUCAGCUAUGAUGAGAUGAAUCCUAUUGCACUAGAGAUUUAUAAAGGAGAUAGGCUUUCGGUGUUGGAGCAAUGUCACAAAACAAGGAAGAUAUGCAUAUGGGUGAAGCAUUGGCUCAUGCUUACUUCUUGGACCAAAUUGGUGGUCGUGGACAUACCAGAGUUUCCGCUUAUAUAUCCACGUCUUACCCUCCUUUCUACAAAUUAUUAUUUCGACAAAAACAAUAGGCUUGUUAUAACUUGUAAUGAUACUGACAUGAAGGGUCUAUCUAUUAUCAGAGUCAUCAACGACAAGGAAUUCCAAGUAAUUAAAGCUAAUGAAGGGGAAUGUCGUUUCCCUUUUUUAUGCAGCUACGUUCCUAGCGUAGUUAGGAUUCCAGGGUUUUCUAAGCAAGACACAAGUCGGAUUCGCUGGAGAAAACGUAGAUUCAACUAGUUUGGGUAUACAUAUAUUUGUUGUUUCGUGUGAUGACUCUUUUUGCUUGGGCUAUUAAAC